CCCGCUGGAAGAAAGCAGCCCAGGAGUGGAGGUGACACGUAAGAGCGGGGCUGGAAGGUGGCCAAGGCGAGGCAGGGAAAAGGAAGUUUCUCCCCCCUCCCCAUCACUUUUGCAAGUGCAAAGAAGCAACUUCAGCCUCGGGGUGAGGGAGAGGCUGAUUGGGAGAGAUCGCCUAAGAGAUCUCCGAAGAUCUCGCCCGGGGAAAUGGCUCUUGCAAGGAUUUUCUAAAGCCCUUCGAGGCGCGCGGUUGGAGCACCUGGGGAGGACCCGCGAGCGACUUUUGCAGGGAGGAAAGAACUCCCUCCAGCCCAAGAGCCGCUUUGGAGAGAUCUGCUGCGAGAUCCCCCCCAAAGUAAGUCGCCUGCAGGGUCCGAUCUCUGGAGAUGCCCCGUGGCUCCCCCUGAGCCUGCCUCCCGGAUUCGCGCUUCAUGCCCAGAGUCAGUGGAAAGGUGCCUGUGCAGCCAUCCGGGCGGGCACAGGGCAAGACUCCCUAGCAGGCGGAGCUACUUCUUCACUCUCGGUUGUCCUGGGAAAAGUUCUCUUUCCCCUUCCCCCACAUCGCUGGUCCCUCGCUCCUCUCCAGCCUGGGGGCAACAUGACCUCCGAUGGCUGGUCGAGCUAAGGUCGCAGCAGGUUGGAGAGAGCAGUGGGGUCUAUGGCAGCAGCUGCGCUGGCGGGGCUCAGAUUCUCUGAUGCUGAGUGCUGCCUGAAAGCAAAGGUCUGAGGGCACCUGGGAAAGGGACUAUGGGCAACGGGAUGUGCUCCCGAAAGCAGAAGCGGAUCCUGCAAACCCUCUUGCUCUUGACUGUGGUCUUCGGCUUCAUCUAUGGGGCGAUGCUCUACUAUGAGGUGCAGAACCAGCUGAGGAAGGCUGAAGCCGUGGCCCUUAAGUAUCAGCAGCACCAGGAGUCCCUCUCGGCACAAUUGCAAGUUGUAUAUGAGCAUCGGUCAAGGUUGGAAAAGUCUUUACAAAAGGAGAGGCUUGAACACAAGAAAGCAAAAGAAGACUUUCUUGUUUAUAAAUUAGAAGCGCAAGAAACAUUAAAUAAAGGAAAGCAAGAUUCCAAUAGUAGAUAUAGCGCCCUGAAUGUACAACACCAGAUGCUGAAGAGCCAACAUGAAGAACUAAAGAAACUGCAUGGGGAGCUGGAGGAUGAGCACCGGAAACAGGCAGAAGACUUCAGCAGAGCAGUUAAUGAUCACAAGCAGAGAUAUGUGGAGCUGCAGCAGGAGAAGGGGCAGGAGCUCUCCAAGCUGAAGGAAUCCCUGUAUAAUCUGAGAGAAGAGAACAGGCAGCUGAGAAAAGCCCAUCAAGAUAUUCAUACACAGCUUCAAGAUGUGAAGCUGCAGCAUAAGAACUUACUCUCUCAACAUGACCAGCUUGUAGUGACGUUGGAAGAACACAAGAGUGCGCUAGAUGCUGCACAGUCCCAGGUAGAGGAAUACAGACAGCUGAAGGACACUCUUAAAAAGAUGCCAAGUUUCCAAAAGCCUGAAAGUUUCCACCAGCAACAUGCUGUGCAAGUGACGCCAGCACCUUCGCCCACAAGUGACUCCAAAGCACAUGACUCAAACAUGGCUGGACGGCAAAAGGAGGUUACCCUGAAUGGUGAAUCUCCUCAGGAAGGAGAAGAAAUCCACACUGAAGGAAGAGAAGACAGAGCCGAUCCGUUUCAUCCUGGUAGAAAAGCGAGCGACGGUCGUGCUCACCAGGAACUAAACAUUCAGCAGAAACAAGAAGCUGGAGAAGAUGAAGAGCAGCACCUGGAACAGGUGGAAGAGGAGCACAGAAAGGAACUCGAAGAGGAAGAAAUGGAGCAAGCAGGGCAACCUGAACGCUUAGCAGAAGAUCUGGACCAAGCCCCAGAAGAGCACGAAUGGAAGGAGAAGGAAGAAGAAACCAACACCCUCCCUGAACAUGCUCACUUGGAGGAAUUGGCUACAGCGAAGACUAUAACAAGGUAUAAAUCGGCCUACGAAGAGCAGCUGGAGCAGCAGCGGCUGGCUGCCCAAAGAGCAGAAGAAGCCAAUCGCCUGAGGGAACAUCAAGAGUCCCUGCACCAGGGGAGACUACAAGAGCAGUUGCUACGGCAGCAGCAGCUUCAAGAGAAAGAGCUGUCAUUACGGAGACAGGCUGAACGGGACGAAGAACAAUAUAAACAACACCUAAGCCAGCAGUCUCAUUAUGACAAUCUAGAUCAGGAUAUCGUACAAGGAGAGGAGCAAGGGGCUCAGGAAGAAGAUGAAAACUAUGAGCAGCAUAACCAGCAUGCCCAAGAAGCGGAGGAGGAGGAAGAUCCAAACAAUGCAAACGAGCAGCAGGGUCGGGAUCUGGACCACCGAGCAGAAAGCGAGCAGAACGAGGAAGCUCAGAAGGCAGCUGCGGAUGAUGUCAACCCGGCUGACGAUCCCAACAAUCAGGGAGAAGAUGAGUUUGAGGAAGCAGAACAAGAGAGAGAGGAGACUGUCCCUGAGGAGGACAAGCCGCUGAAACCACAUGAUCAGAAACCAGAGAAUCCUGAGGUGGAGGAACAUUUAGUGAUGGUGGGUAACCCUGAUCAACAAGAAGACAAUGUAGACGAGCAAUACCAGGAGGAGGGAGAAGAAGAGGCUCAGGGAGAUCUGACUGAAGAGAAGAAGAGAGAUCUGGAACACAACGGUGUAGAGCCUUAUGGAGAAAAUGACGAAAAUGCUGAAGAGAAAAUGAGUGAAGGCGUAGAUCAAGAACAAGAAAUUCAAGAAGAAACCAACCCCAAAGAAGGUCACGAUGAAAACUACGAGGAGGAGGAAGAGGAGGAGGAAGAGGGUGGCGCCGUGGCAGCCAAAGCCCACAGACGAGGAGAGAUGUGAAACUUGGUCAAACCACAAAGGGUCACUUGACAAAUUGGUAACCUGCUUGGAAGGAAAAAAAUGUAGAUGCUGGAGAAAGAUAGAGCUUACCUUCUUAUAUAUCUAUCUUCAUUUUUUAUUUUAUUUCUUGUGCCGUUUAUAUAAAUGCAGUAUUUUAUUAGAUUAGCAUUUCUUUCAUAUCAGUUUGUAUGUGACAAGAAAAAGAAUACAAAGGAUGUUCUUCUAUUUCCCACCCCCUAUAAUUUUAUAGUGUUUCUUUUUUAAAGUUUGAGUACCUGUUUAAACAAAGGUCUGUUCACAUUGUCCAAAUAGCCUCUGAUGUUUAGUUUCUGAUGCAUGGUAAGGGGGGAAACCUUAGUGCCUACGCUUGAUGUAUGUUGAAAGGCUGGAGGUGGGCGGUGUUCCAGCCCUCUCUCAGUCAGAGCCUUCAUACACACCCAGCAGGACAGCCCUGUCCAAUAUAGUGCCUUAACAGUCACCUUCAGUUUAAAGGAAUUAGACCUGAAUCUCAUUUGCAGAGACUGUACAGGGGACACCUGGCAUUUGGUGUAGCCCCUGAGGUAGCAUGCUAAGAGUAGCAAUGUUUCAAACCACCAGCUCACAUACUGCCCCAUGGGAACUGCUCCCCUGAGGUGAGAUCUAACGUGGCGGUAGUAUAUGUACAAAGACCACGAUGUUGUGAAUGGGACCGAUUGUUUGGGUCCUUUGCCACACAGUCAUUGCCCUUUCUCCUGAUGGGGAGAGGUUUGGGUGGGAAGAUCUGAGCAGUGGGCUUCUAACCAUGUGGUAGCCUCCCCACCCCCCCACCCCCAUAUCACAAAGGGGUUAGGGCAUAGUGCAGGGCCCUGGGUUCAAAUCUUGGCAUCUCCUUAAGAGAUCAUAAAUUGCAGAUGUCAGGAAAAACCUUUCUCUGCCUGAGUCCCUAGCGAGCUGCUGCCAGUCAAGAGUAGACAAUAGAGCUAGUUUGAGCAAAGGUCUGACUCAUUAUAAAGUAGCUGGCAUCAAACGUUUAUAUUUAUUGCUCAUGCUGCAAGGGGUGCCAAAGCGCUUGUGACCUUAACUCUGUGGUGUUUUAAUUUUAAAAUAUGGACACAAUCCACAAGAUUUUAAAGAGCACAGUCUCGUAGAUUUAGAGAUGUUACACUUUUAACAGUUGCUUAUAUAGGGAUUGAAUUAUCAGCUGACUCUGAAAUUCAGUUUGCAUCAGGAAAAAGAUUCAUGGGGAAAGCCUAUAUCAUGACUAGGGAUGUGUGAUUUGGUAUGCCUGGUUUAAAAAUAUGUCUGAAGAAUACAUAUUUGGCAUUAUUUGGGUGUAUCCAGAUAUAUAGUCAGGUAUAUUCGUAUAAAUCGGAAUUUACAUUUGCGGAUCAUCUGGAUAUAAUCGGGUAUAUGCAGGAAUUGCAUUUUAAAAGUUGCAGCAGCUUGUUUCCCUGCUGCAGGAGGAAAGGGAAAGGAGGCAGUGUUACUGUGUGUGUGUGUGUGUGUGUGUGUGUGUGUGUGUGUGUGUGUGUGUGUGUGUGUGUGUGUCUGCGUCAGUGUUGCCUGCCUUACCAUAUGCCGUUGCCAGUUCUGGCUGACUGCCUUGAGGCUACUGGCUUGCCAGUUUGGGGGCUGGGAUUCUUUGGUAUGAUGUUGGUUCUGUGGGGCUUGCAUUGGCUAUGAGUUCUGUAUGGCACCUAUAAGUGACACUGCUUCUUUAGGCUUGUAUUAGUAUCUCUUGCUUCAGUUUGGCUCUGUGGGGAUCCUCUGAUUUGGUGUUGGCUUUGCUGGGAUUCUCCAGUUUGAUGUUUUUGUUGGGCUUUGUUGGUUCUGCUUGCAUAGGGAGGCUUGGCCAGUAUUGUUGCUCUUGUAUGUUUGGCUAGGGCUCUUUUUUAGGCUUCUUCCUUUGCCCUGGAUAAAGCAUUGGAUAAUGGUAACCCCUCCCCCUAGAGGAAAUAAUGAAGAGUGGUGAGGGCACCUUUUCAGGGGUCCAUAGAAUUGGGCCCAUUGACCCAAUCAACUUGAAACUUGGAGAGGCUUUAGUGGACAGCAAUUUUGGUGCAGUUUUCUUGAAAAAGGCCCCUCUAGUUCCCUCCCCCCUGAAAGAUUCCCCCAUAUGGAAUAAUGGAGCUGAAUAUAUUUGGAAUUCCAAAUAAAACCCAAAUCUGAAUACCAUACUAGUAUUUUUGGACUCGAAUAUUGGGAGUACCAAAUAUAUAUGGUAAUCCAGAUACCCGAAUCUGAAAAAUACCGGGGUGGUGGUGGUGGUUAGUGUACGCUAGUCAUGGCCCAUGUAAGUGGAAGAGCUUCUGUGUUGCAUGCAGAAGGUUCCAGGUUCAGUCCCUGGCAUCUUCAGUUAAAAAGAUCAGGCAGCAGGUGAGGUGAAAGUCCUCUGCCUGAGAACCUAAAGAGCUUUUGCCAGUCAAAGUAGAUGAUACUGACCUUGAGCAACUCAUGGUCUGAUCAGUAUAGGCAGCUUUGUGUGUUCACCCUAAUCCAAAUCAGCCCUCAAUUCUUCUCCAGCCUGUUUAUAAGCCUUAAAAAUCUGCACAUCUGUUCGUAGAUAUCUCACUACCACAUCUACUCGGGCCCCAGUUUGAUUUCCCCAUGGAUCUUACUUGAUCUGGAGGUGGAAAACCUGUGUGUGGGCUGUAUUGCAUCAUACUGCAGUUGGGAGCUCAUGUGACUUCAGGCUUCUCUGUUCCAAAAAGUUCUCUGCAUCUGGAAAAGAAGCAUGUCAGGGAAAAGGGUUCUAGCUUCGUCUUGUCCUUGACACUGUAGCUUUUCAUGGAGGAACGGUCACAUGUGAGCCCUCACCUCCAUGCACAAAUGUGAAAAAUGCUUCCAACUAUUGUGAUUGGUUAUCGGUGAUGAGAGAUUGUAAACUCUGCCUGAAACUCGAUUUAGUAUUCUUUUUAACAACAGAAGCAAGACGUAGUAGCAACUUGAUGGCCUGUCAUCUGUAAAUACUUAUCCAGGUCAGUGUUUCUGUACAUGUAUGUGUGAAAUGUGGCACGACGCAUAUGUCCAGUACGAGCAUAAUGGUCCCAAUCACCCUACCCACAGGUCACUUUUUUGUCAUGUUUCAUUUCUCCUGUCAAGAGGAAAGGCUACCAUCAUUUGAGGAAUGGUCGCAGAUGACGUUUCUCUAGUGACAAUAUUUUAGCUUUAUUCUGCAGUGUCCCCUUGAAGGCUGGAGACUGGGGAUUGACAAUCCAAAUGCUGUCCCUUAAUUGUACACACGGUGGAGAUAUGUAUUCCUUGUUUAAUGCCCUGAUAAUAUAAUUUUAUUUUUUAAAGUGGUACAGCUUAAUCAGAGUUGUGUAAAUCCCCCUGAACUGGUCAUUGGUACUUUUGAUUUCCCUGAACCCCUCCAGCCCCCACUGAAAGGACUGGAAAUGGUUCCAGAAGGACCGGAGCCCAAGAACUCUGCCUUCUGCGCACUUGUCGCCAUGCUUAUCCCUCCAGAAUUAUAGUAGUGACCAGAAGGACGUUGGCUGUGUUUCCUUAGAAAAUCUGCCAUGUUUGGCCAGAGAAAAGAUGGGUGUGGAGCAACAGAUGUAGGAGACUGUCCUAGAAGAGCAAUGGCUAGCCUGGCAAUUACGGCCUUGGUGAUGCUAGUUUGAUUCAUUCAGCUCCGUUCCCGUUGGAUUACGUUGUGGAGUUCCAACUGUGUCCAGUGGUCUUUUGGCAGUUGUUCUCAAUUGUGCUCAUCUGAGGAUGUUGUAAUGUGUGUCAUGGCAUGCCCUCAGAUAACACAGCAGCAUCCUGGCAUUGUUUUUUGUGGUCACGGUGAAGCUAUUUGAGGGUCCACCCUUGGUGAGAUUUGCAGCUGGAUUUCUCAAGUCAUGUCUGCAGACAAGCUGUGUCACUUGUUAUGUCUGUCAUGCUAUCCUGUCCCUAGAAAUACAUUGUGAGCGGGAGGUGAUAUGGAUCCUGAAAACUCGGCCAGGACAGCUGCUGAGCCCAGUGGGCCUUGCCAUACACAGUAUGAAAGCAUCUCAGAACUCUCUGCAGUGAUUAGAUCUCGUAGCCCAACACGCAGGCCUUCUGAUGCAGACAGGUCAUGGGUUACCCAAAGGUAGGAAGACUGAAUUCUCUGUGUACCCUGUGCAGUCUCACUUUGGAAAUUGUGCCUGUACAAACCAGUCCUGGAACCAUCCCUCAGGAAUACAAAGUCCUCUUCACUGAGGUAAAAAAUUCUACUUUAUUCCAACAUAGGAGACAACAUUUAGCUACAGAGGCCUGCUCACUGAUGGGAAGCAUCCCUGUCUGUUUAAAGAAACCGAGUACGAUACAUAACUGAAGGCUUCUGUUACUUCAACCCACUUUUUUAUCUGAAUGUAAUAUAAUUAAUUUCAUACUUGCCUGAUGAUAAUUUGCUUUUGUAGAUGUUUGGAAAUUAAUUUUAUAUAGUUUUUUUUAAAAAAGCCUGUCCUUCACAUUUCAUAGGACUGUGUGUCAGUGUUUAUGUCGGCUUUUCUAACUACCAUAAUUAGGAUUUAUCUUGUAUGUGUGGGGAGGAGGGGGGGGAGAUGUCCCAGUUUACAUAUACAACUGUAAAAUGUAAAAUAUGUACAUAAUCUUUGGAAAUACAACUAUUUUGAUAAAUUUGUGUGUAUUUUUAAUGCAAUGGGGCUGUAUUUAAUUAUUUGAGGCAUAUUUGGGUGCCAUCAAUAAAAAGUAGACUCUGA